GGGACGGCCACACCGGUCGCUGCUACAGAGAUGCCCUGCAGAGAGUAGAGCCCUCCUCCCCCCUUUUAAGAGCCACAUGCUGCGGGUAGAGGCCUCGAGCUCGCUGGGAGCCUGGGAGGGAGGAGCACGAAGAGAUGGGGAGUGAAGAGGAGGCGCAGUCGCUGGCGCUCACGCCGACGUGGGUCGUCGCUUCCGUGUGCUUCAUCAUCGUCGCCAUCUCACUCGCCGCCGAGCGCCUGCUCCACCGCCUCGGCAAGCUUCUCAAAUUCAAUGGACAAGAAGCACUAUUUUCAGCCCUGCAGAGAGUCAAAGAAGAGUUGAUGAUUCUGGGUUUCAUUUCCUUCCUACUAAGCGUCUUUCAAAAUUUCAUCAAUCACAUUUGCAUCCCGGAGGCUGCUGCACGCAUCAUGCUUCCAUGCACUGCUGAGUCGUCCAAAGCCGCAGAAGAGGCUGCCAAACUUUGCAAGAGAAAGGGUGAAGUUCCCAUGCUAUCUGAAGAGGCUUUGCAUCAGCUGCACAUCUUUAUCUUUGUACUUGGUGUGGUCCAUGUUGUGUUCUGUGUUACAACACUGUUACUUGGUGGAGCCAAGAUGAGAAAAUGGAAUAAAUGGGAGAAAGACAUUCACCAAGGAAAACUCAAGGAGCGCAGUACAAAUAGGGGUUGGAUGAAACCCCCUGCUGUAAGAUGGAUCAUUGCAUUCUUCAAGCAGUUUUAUGAUUCUGUGGGUAAACCAGAUUAUCAAGUACUUAGGGCAACUUUUGUUCAGCGACACUACCCAAACCGUCCGGACUUUGAUUUCCACAAAUACAUGGUUCGUGCUCUCGAGCAUGACUUCAAAGAAGUUGUUGGAAUCAGCUGGUACCUAUGGGUUUUUGUUAUCUUCUUCCUGCUGCUGAAUAUAAAUGGGUGGCACACAUAUUUCUGGUUGUCUUUCUUGCCCUUAAUUUUGCUGCUUAUUGUCGGCACAAAGCUGGAGUACAUAAGCACUCGGUUGGCACAAGAAGCCGCAGAGUGUCAAGAUGGAGCAUCAGGAAACCCCUGGACGAAGCCAUGCAAGGAGUACUUCUGGUUUAGCCACCCUAGAACUGUACUCCAUCUGAUCCAUUUCAUCUUGUUUCAGAAUUCCUUCGAGAUGGCAUUCUUCUUCUGGGUCUUGGCGACAUAUGGGUUCGAUUCAUGCAUCAUGGAGAACAAAUCCUAUGCCCUCCCCAGACUUGCCAUUGGCAUCAUCGUCCAGGUGCUCUGCAGCUACAGCACGCUGCCACUGUACGCCAUUGUCACCCACAUGGGCGGGGACAUCAAGCUGCAGGCGUUUGGGGAGCACGUGCACGUGUCGGUGCACAGCUGGGCGACGGACGUGAAGAAGAAGGCGACGUCGCUGCCGGCGCACCCACACCCGCACUCGCACCUCAGGAUCCCGUUCCUCUCCAAGAAGAGACACAGCUCUCGCGGCGCCCACGCCGAGGAGGCCGCGGCCCAGGCCAGGGACGCGGAGCAGCACUACGCUGGGAGCUCCGGCACGCCCACCGCGCCACCGGAGGCUCCGCCGGGUGACGACCUGGAGGAGAUCGUCGUGACGAGGACCGAGGACGGCCGCCAUCAUCCUAACGGUGGUUUCUCGUAGCUAGCUACCACACACACGUACGCGUUUGCGUUUCCUCGCCGGCGUCCUGCGGGCCGAGAUCAGUCCCAAGUGACCUGUUGCCGGCUUUGGCGCUCUGGUGCACGCAUGUAUGCCUGAAUGCACCUGAGAACAGGCUAGAUAAGCUAUAGGAGACGCUACUAGCUAGGACAUGUUGCUAUACUAGACACUCCGUGAGAUCAAUGCUUUGAAACUUUUUGAUCAUCAAUAAAUAUCACCUGAUUGUCUAGCUUGGAAAUUAUGAAAGCAGUAUGCAGCGACCUACAUUUGUUGUA